CUCUUCCCUAUUUAUAAACCCCCAAUCUCACUAGUUGUAUCCUAAACUCAAAACCCAUCACAUAAAAUCUUUUUUUUUUUGGAGUUUAUGAUCAAAAUGGGCAAUUGCUCCAUAAAAGCAGUAUCCGACGGGCAAAACCCGAAUUCGAUCAGGGUUUUCGGGGGCUCGGGAGAGGCAUUUGAGUUCAACUAUCCUAAGCUUGCAGGAGAUAUUUUACAAGAAUAUCCAGGCUACCGGAUUUACGGCCAGAGCUGCGCAUCUUCGCCUCUAUCCGGCGACGAAACCCUGGCAGGAGGGCAGGUCUACUACCUUAUUCCGCAAGGAACAAACCCCAGAAUCGUUCAGUAUCGCAAGGUUAACUUGCAGCCCAAGAUACAGGUUUCGCCACUCAGGAGAAAGAAUGGGAUGUGGAAAGCGAAGGUAGUGAUCGGAACCAAGCAACUGGAGGAGAUUCUUGCGGAGGAAGGGAACACCGAGAUCCUCAUAGCGCAGUUAAGGGCUGCGGCUGCAAACUCUGCUCCGGACAGGAAAAAUGCCGAACGGUACUUCUGUUAGGGCUCAGUUCCGCCAUUGUUGGAACUGAUGCUAUAAAGAGCUCCGUAGUUGUGAUGUGUGCUCAUGUAAAUAACCAGUGGGAUGACCGCCCAAAAAGUAUAAGGAUGUGUUCAUCGUUUAAAAAAAAAAAAACCCAGGGCGUCUUCUAAUGCCCGCUAUGACCCUACAAAAUAUGGCUACAGGUUUUGAGAAAAUUUUUUUUUUGGGUAUUUGUUCAUAGGAGAUGUCAUUUUGUGUAUUUUAGGCGAUGAUGAGGAAACCAGAUUUGUGGUCAAUGAAGAGUUGGUUUACGAAAAGGGGACCAGAAGUCAAACCGGAAUAGACCGGUUUAGUCAUUGUUUUGAUUUCGGUA